CAUUACAGUUGUUGAGAGAGAGAAAAAAAAAAGAAAACAUCCAUUACACUUUUCCAGGUUCUCUUCUUCAGAUCAGCGCCUCCUCCAACUAACUCUUCUUCUGCAACUUCCAUUAAAGCUUCUCAAACUUUCUCUCUCUAAAAGCUCUAAACCCAUGACCCUUCCCAUUAAAGCUUCUCGCUUCUCUCUCUUCCUCAGCUUCCUGUCCCGCAACUUCUCGUCUUCCACAACCAGAACCCUCCCAAUAAUCAAAGGCAACAACUACAAUAGCGCCACUCAGUACAAAAUCAGAGCUCUCAAACAAGCCCGGAACGCCCUCACCGAAUAUCUCCACGCCACCAGAGGAUUGCCCUUCCUCUUCGCCGAGCAAAUCUCCGCCAAUUCUCUCGUUGCCCUCUCAGAUAUCAUUCGCAAGAUUCACUUCUCCGCUUUCACCUUCUCCGACGCCUUCCGAAGGUUCCUCAGGUAUCACCCCAUUAACGAAUUCGAAUUUUUCUUUGAAAGCAUCGGCAUUGAUCGUCAAGAUGUUCAUUUGUUUUUACCGAAGAAGAAGUUUUUCUUAUCCGAGGAUUCGACUGUUCUAGACGCUUCUUUAGCGCUUAUUCAGUUUGGGUUUCCGUGGAAUAAGUUGGGUGUUUUGUAUAGAGAGGAAGUUUCGAUUUUUAGCAUGUCUGGUGAUGAGUUAACUGAUAGGCUUAAUGGAUUUAAAGAAAGGUUUGGUUAUGAUCAUCUUUGUGUGGUUGGUGUAUGCUUGGCUUUCCCUUACUUGUUGAGUGUGGAAGGAGAAUCGGGUGGUUGUAUCGAGGAUUUGGAAAUGGUUUUUCGAGGAUUUGGAAUGGGAAGAUGUGUUGAGGGAAAUGUGGAUGCUUGGUAUGAGCUUUGUUGUAAAGUCAGGGUGUUGUAUGAUUUAGGUUUUGAGAAGGGGAAGGUAGGAGAAUUAAUGUGUGAUAGGAAAGAAAUUUUUCUUGAAUGCCCAAAAGAGGUUUUAGUCCGGAAAGUGGACUACUUUGCAAAGUUCGGUGUUGGAAAGGAUUAUGUGCUGUUGUUUCUUCUUCAGCAUCGAGAAAUUUUGAAUCUUGAUUUCGAAACGCGGAUGAUAUCGGUGUUGGGAUUGCUCAAACAUUUUGGAAUGGGCGUAGAAGAGUUGCAGAGUGUUAGUGAGAAGUAUCCUCAUGUGUUGGGGAGGAACAAAAUGGAAAAUUUACCUCAUGUAAUGAAGGCUUUGGAUCUGCAUGAAUGGUGCUUCGACAAGAUUAGGAGUUCAAAUGGUCAGAUAUUGGCAAUGUAUUCCAUUGGUUUCCCUGAUGAAGAUAUGAAUAAGGUGUUUUUAGAUGGCUUGAAGAAAAUCAAAUCUUCAAGGUAUCCCACCCAUAAGAUGAAUAAACUGGAUUUCUUGAAACAAAUCGGGUUUGGAGAGAAUGCUUUGAGUUUGAAUGUCCUAAACAUCGUGGCUGGCUCUAGGAGUGAGCUACAAAGCAGAUUUGAUUUCCUUAUCAGCAAAGGUUUCAAGCACUCAAACCUCUGUUUGAUGAUAAGAACGAAGCCCGAUAUACUAAAUAUGUGCCCCGAGAAUUUGGAACCGAAGUUGAACUUUUGGUGCCAGGAAAUUGGAUCUUCUAUACAGGAAAUAGAGACAGUCCCAGGGUUUUUGGGUUUUGACUUGGAGAAUCGGAUUAAGCGCAGAUACAGAUUUUAUGUUUGGCUUAGGAAGACUGGCUUAUAUACGAAGAAAUACGCCAUUUCAUCCAUGCUUUAUCCCGGUGAAAAGCAGUUCAUAAAGCGUCUUUUUGAGAUUCACCCAGCUGCUCCAAAAAGGUAUUUAGAAUGUUUCUAAUAUAAAAAAUAACUGUCAGUGAUUGCGAGACAUCUCUGAUUUAAGCCUUGUUCCACUGUGUUCAUAACAUCAUGGAGAAGCUUGUCUGUGAACUUGACCCAUAAAAAUUAAAACUGAAAGGCGAACCUUUUGUGCAAGGAAGUGAGAUCCUCUUUAGAGUACCUGGAUAGUCUCCCAGGAUUGUUGUGUUUUGACUUGGGGAACCCAAAUUAAAUCUGUCUUAUCUUUGGCACGGACAGAAUGGCUUAUGCUCUUAAGAAUAAUCGGGCAUUCCCGGCCCACCAAGCGAAACCAGUGGUUUCUUGGUCACGACCAGCUAAAGCUAAAGUUCUAUUAAAGAGCGUUUCCACGGGGUAGAACCUCCUCAGGGAAUAUAAGGUUUUCAUUAGGCUGAUCUUGAGCCGCCAUCCAAGCACGAAUACUCUCGUUUAAGAGAAUAUUUUUGGUGUAGAAAGUCUCAAAUUCAAGAUCUUCCGCUGCACGGAUUUCCUGAGAAACGAAGUCAUAAGCACGUAGAUUCAAAGCCAGACCGACUACUCCAAGAUCACUCAUCCAUAAACCAGUUACCGGUACAAAUAACAUAAAUCCCUUGCAAAUAUCAUUGCCACUGGCCCACAAAGGUGUCGUGGCUGGCCCUUUUUGAAUUCAAUGAGCUGCUCCAAAAUGUUAUUUGGAGUGUUUCCCAUACAAAAGACUUAUUCAAUGAUUGCCAGGAGGCAUCUCGGAUUUGAGUGUGCAUAACAUGAAGGCUCUCACAGAGGUGAUAAUAGUUUUCUUCAUGAGGAUUCUGGUUCACGAUGACGAUGCUGGCACUGAAUUUGUUCGCUACCUAAGAAGGGUCAAUGCUGACAAUCUUAGCGCGCAAGUGGAACUGCAAGGCUCCUUAUGGUUGAGAAGUCAACCUUGUAAUUGUGUCGUAUUUUCAUUUUUAUUCGAAGAAAAGACAGGACAGGUAUCCUUUGAAAAUAAGGGAAAGAUUCAUCACCCUGAGUUAUGCACUUUAUAGUCUAUACAGCUUGGAUUUGGGAA